AUGGCUGCAAUGAACAUUGGAAGAGAUGAUCAGGCAGGUUUUCGUCUUGACACAAUGACAACUCAUCGCCUACAUGGCACAUUAUGCAUUAAAGAAGCCCUUACAACACGUACGGAUUAUACUACCAGGUACCCUUCUACCUUACAAACGACGUCGUAUAACUUUGCUGAAACGGAAACAGUAGGAGGAUUGUGUGUUGGUGUUGUAAAAGCAUGUGGACUUCACGAGAAGAACCCAGCACAACAUCUAGCCGACUUGGAAAUGCUUUCAAAAAAGGACAAACUAAAACCUGCUUUUAUUGAUCCCAUGACCAAUCAGCUGAAGAAAGUACAGUUCGUUAGAGUCGAUGGGGGUCACGAUGAGGGACCGUCUCAUUGUGAAGUUCAGUAUUGGUGGACUGUCUGGCAUCUCAAAACUGACGCUAUUGCCACAAUAAUAACAUGUCGAAACAGUGGUGCAAGCUUUUGGAACAGGGUUGAAUUGCAAAAUGGGUGUCUGUCUCUUGCGCACACAAAUCUUUUUAUUCCAUCUACCCUAAAUGGAAGUUGUUUGGAAGGCGAUGGUAAAAUCAACCAUGAAAAAAUGCAGGUAAAUCUUUCAUCCACAAUUGAUCUCUAUAUCAGCUGCGUCAGUGGAGCACCUUGUGGGUUAGCACAGAUAGAACUUUAUCGUGGGGCUAAUAGCACAGAACAUCAGAAAGAAAACGAUCUUGUUAAAAUUUUUCUCAAGGGGAAUAAAGCAGAAAAACAAGGCUUUAGAAGAAGAACAUCCUGCAUUGUAUGCGAAAAUAAAGAGUAUCUGGGAGCUCAAGAAAAGACAUGA